AUGUUAUCAUCGCCAAUUGUUCAGAUGACAGAUUUUUGUUUAACAUUAUAAAUAUUGCAUCUUGACUCUUUCAUGCAAUAUAUAGAACCAAUGUUGAUUUACUUAAGCAUUAGAUUUUAAUUAUGUUUAUUGUUAUGUAUCUUGAAGGAUGUUGUUAUUCUUGUUAAUGUUUUGAUUUUUGCAUCUCUGUUAGAAGUUACUCAAGAUUUUCGGAGAAGUUGA